AAAAACUAUUUAAUACAAUUAGCUAUAAAAGUUUUAUGUCUUUGGAAAGAAUUAACUCCACAUAUCAAAUUUAUGACACCUGGCACUGAUUUAUGCGAAAUUUGUGAACUUUUAAAAGCUCAAAUACGAAGUACAAAUAAUGAUAAUGAAAAAGAAUUAAUUUAA